CGGUGAUACGCCGCAUUGAUUUCGCAAUUGUUUGUGUCAUGCUUAUUAUGUGUCAACGUAAUGUUGAAAUCGAUGGCAAUGAUAUCUGCAUUUGAACUGGAGCUCGAGAGCCAUCACUGAGAGAGCAAAGGUGGUGCACGUGUGAGUCUUAUUACUAAGCGGCGUAUGACCAAAUUAGGAUUUCAUUACAUGACGACAUCUUCCGUUCAACUAUGUAGGUCUCGCCCGGUUUUAGUAAAUUGCAUCCGAGUUCGCUCCACUGGCAGCUCCAACUCAUCGCCUAGUGUUGCGAUGUCUGCCUAUGGCUUUCUCCUCAUAUCAGUCGCCGCUCUGUGUAUCAUAACUUUGUGCUGCUUUGUUCGUUGCCGGCCUGGCGUGUUUAUCGACACAUCCUGGGAUACGACAGAGCAGCUAGAUGGGAGGGUUCGUCGACGAAGGAAGUUGGUACCUCCUGUCUUGUGGGAUACUUGGCUGACCCGCCCUCCGUCACCCACCGAGGAAGUCUUGGGUGUGGGUCAGUUUGAAUGGUCGAAUAUUCAGCCUGUAUAUGUAUCUCUCAUCUAUGCAUGUCAGUCUCGGCCUGCACGUCAAUUCGCAGUAGCCGAGUCAGAAGUACCUGCGGAUCGCUCUACCGUGGCACAACUUCUUCCCCAUUCUUCUUCGUCCUUACCUUUACCCCCGCGAAGACGGUUUACAUUCCCUCUUGUCCAUACUUUCAACUUCCAUAUGUGGCCACGACGACGCUCACACACUCAUCAUAUAUCAACAUCAUCCGAAAAGCCCAUAGAUAAUGAGACUGAGAACCACCCAGAAGCUGUUCAAAUUGCUGUGAUGAUCUCCAUGCCUUCCUCCGCCUCUAGAUGUUGGAACCACGCAGGGGGUCCUUCGUGUCACUCUACUGGCCCCGACGAUGCGCUGUGGGAGUAUCAGUUCGGGGUCGCGCAGAUUCCAUGGAUAACAUAGUGAGUGUACUGAUGUUGAUAUGCUUUGUGUUCUUCUUUCCUGCUACUAGCCCCCAGUGUGUGGACGUAGCUGUUCGCGUUUGAUUGAAAGAAACAUGUGCAUAUUACAUGUACCUAGCAAU